AUGGGCACAUUCUCAGUGCUUUUGAAUUCCAGAAGACCUGGGACAACCAAACACAUGAAGGAAAGCUUUGGUGAACGCAUUCCAGAGGAUGUCAGCCUCGAGUUUCUAAUGGCUUGUGGCAAUAAGCUGGUGUCUCCAAAGCUCCAAGAUGGUCAGGAGCUGAAUGGGAUGCUGAUCCUAAAGGUUUUUAAAACCAAAGCCCUCUAUAGUGAAUCAGAUGAAGACAAAGAUCCUUCUUACAUCAGCUCCAAAUCAGCAUUAAGCAGUUGUGCAACUGAUAAGGACAGUGACAAUGAUUGUUUUGAAGUUGAUAGUUCAAAAAUCCAACAAGACAUGAGCAGCCAAGUCACUACAAGGUUAAGAAGUCAUGUUAAAGGUGAUAACCCUGGCACUAGCAGUGAUGAAGAAGAUGAUACUGGGACCAACUGUAUUGGAAGGAGUGUUGGUAAAAGGCGACGAGCAAAGCAAGGAAGUGAUGGGAACAGCAUUUGUGAUGAAGGCUACAUGGCAAGAAGUGAUGACAAACCUAGCACAAGCAGUCACAGCAGAGAUUUCAAUGCAAGAAGUGAAGACAUCCCUGCCAUGAGUGUUAAUGAUGAAGAUUAUUCUUCAUAUUUAACUCUCGUGGCAUCGCUUUCUGGCGAUUCUUCAGAUGAUGAGGAUUUAAAUCAAGCUAUAAUUGCGAGCUUGGAGCAUCAGAUGUGA